AAUACAAACAUUUGUACAUACCUUUCAUAAAUUAUUCGAAGAAGGUGAUAAAUAAAAGCAAGGCAUUAAAUCUUUUAUCAGAAAUCACUUAAGAAUGUUCAAUGUACUAAACCAUAUAUUUUUUUAAUGUACCUUUUGAUUAGUUAUAUUGUGAUCCGCAUACAUACAUUACAUGAAACAAAACUUCAAAGAAUGACGUAUUAAUGUUCAAUAAAAAUUACAACAAAUUAAUAACGCGCUAUGAAACGCUCGUCCAUCAUAAAGUACCGCCACUACUGACGCUAUGAGCUCGAGCGGACCGCUCGUGCACAGUUUGCCGAAUUGUAGAACUGUCGUCUGUGUGUGUAAAGUAUUUUUGAUGUUUAUAUAUUUUAAUAGACUUCUGCACUACAGGCCUUAUUUGUAAGAUACAAUCGAUGAUUAUUUUUCGAUACCAAUCUAUUGCUACAACACUAUCUUCGUAGUAGCUAUAGCUUUUUGUUGUCUGUGGACAUUAUUCUAUCUCUCUCUGCAAAAUGUCUAAUCUGUGCGUCAGUUCACGUCAGUUUGAUGAUUGAUGUUUCACAUACGGAUGUUGAGAAAGUAUUUUCUAAAUUAAUUGCUUUAUUUAGCAAUAAAUCGUGAAAUGAAUAAUUCUGCCAUCUGAGAAAUGGUAUUAUUCUCAUCUAGAGAAUGUGUUUGGUGCCAAAAGUCAAGUUUAUUAGUGUUAAAAUGUUGGAAAACCGUGGUGACUGACACCUCGGAUCUUGCAUGUAUCAAGUGAUUUUUCCUGUGUUUUAUUAUUUUAAACAGGAAGAAUGCCUAGGGGUGAAAAUAGACCUAGUGUCUUAUUGUCCAGAGUGGAGAACGACCAGGUGUUUAGUCUCAUCGGCCCCAAAUGUCAGAGUUUAGCAACAGCAGUGGUGCAACUUUUCACAACAGAAGGACCGUCACACUUAGAAUGGAGGAAGAAAGAUACAGGGGUGCUCUGUCUUAUAAAAGACAACAGCAAACGGUCCUACUUUUUCCGCAUAUACUGUCUCUACAGAAAGUCUCUUGUCUGGGAACAUGAAGUGUACAUGGAGAUUGAGUACAAAAGCCCAAGGCCUUAUUUACACACAUUUGAAGCUGAAGAAUACAUGACAGCGUUUAACUUUGCUAGCGAAGAUGAAGCCAGAGUUCUUAGAAAUAUUCUCAUUGAGAAGAUUGAGUUACGGAAACAGCGGAGAGAAGAGAGGCGACAGCGGUCUAUGCUGGCGGCGCGCGCCAACAGCGCGGCGUCGUCGGUGGAAAGCGCGCCGCCUGUGCUGCGCCACAACGGCGCGCCGGCGCUGCAGCCCCCCGCGCCCGCGCCCGCGCCCCUGCCCGCGCCCCAGCUCGCAGGCAGUGGAUAUUCUCUAAAGAGUUCGGGUAAAAAGAAGCCUACAAGGAAAUUAACUAAAGCCGACAUCGGGACACCGCAGGACUUCAAGCACGUGUCGCACGUCGGAUGGAACGCUGAUAAAGGUUUCGACGUAAGCAAUUUGCCUGAGGAAGCGAUGAUGACGUUCUUCUCUAAGGCGGGAGUAUCGAAAAGCCAACUGCAGGAUCGAGACACGCGACAGUUCAUAUACGAGUUUAUCAAUCAAAAUGGCGGCUACGACGCUGUGAAAGAAGAGCUGCAUACAGAGCGGCCGGUCAAAGCGGUGACUGUGGAGCGACAGUUGGCGCCUCCGGUCCCGUCUAGAAGCCCUGCCCCGCCCCAUCCACCUGCACCACCAUCCCGGGCGCCGCCCCCGCCCCCCGCGCGCGCCGUGCCCCCGCCGCCCCGCAACCCGCCGCCGCCGAGACCGCACCAACCGCCGACGUCAGCGCCCCCCUCGGUGCCGCCCCCUCCGCCCCCGACGGGUGGCGCGGCCCCCCCGCCCCCUCCCCCUCCGCCCGCGCCCGCCGUUGCCCCGCCGCCCCCUCCCCCCGCACCCCCUGCGCCCCCCUUCCCGAUGCCCGCGUCUAUAUCGGAUACCCCCGCCGCCGCCGCGCCUGCUAUGGAUCCGCGCGCCGCACUCAUGGACAGCAUCCGCCAAGGGAACAAAGGGCUCCGGCACGUGGAAGUCGUACCGAAAACGUCUGCCAACGAAGACAGCAGGAGUAACCUGCUCAGCGAGAUCAGACAAGGCGUCGAGUUACGCGCUGUGAGUCGUUCAACGAGUAACGUGGAGCCCGUCUGCACCGGAGGCGACGGAUUAGCCGGUGCCUUGGCCCGAGCGCUGCACGAACGAAACCGCGCCAUACAUUCGUCCGACUCGGAAGAGUCCGACACCACCAGCGACGGCGAGUGGGACGACUGACCAUACGAAACCACCAGCACCACUGUGAGUCUUCAAAAUGAAUAUAAAAACACAACGUUUAUAGUUUUUCGCUGUUUGAUGGAUUAUGUACGAAUGAAAUACUCGGAAGCCACCAGCUACGACUGGCUACACUUCAUUGUACUACACGAAACCACCAUAACUACUGUAACCAUAGAGGUAUAAGAAUAGAGUACGAGAGA